GUGGCUGUUCGCGAGGGUGAGUGAAGAGCCAGGCCUGCCUACCGGUACGAGGGCCGACGAGCUCUGGACAGCUAGUGCCCGGCCCUGAGCGCCUUUGGGCCCCGCCGCUCCGUUCCAGCGCCACGCUGGGCGCCGGUCUACACAGUCUCUAGCGCAGUCACGCGCCGUGCACCGGCUGGUUCCUGUGAGGAGGAUCGGUGACCCCUCCUUUCCUUUGAUCCACCGCGCAGUGCGUCCCCACGCGGAUCUUUGGCUCACCUCGCGCCUGUCGGCGAAGCCAUGGUCAUGCUAACCCAGCAGCCGGCUGCGCCGAGUGCUAGUGCCCCCAAGCCCUCCCGGAGUCUGUCUGGCUCACUUUGUGCCCUGUUUUCUGAUGCAGACUCGGGAUCCGGGAUGAAGGCGGAGCUUCGCCCUGGGCCUGGGGCAGUGGGGAGGGAAAUGACCAAAGAAGAGAAGCUGCAGCUUCGGAAGGAAAAGAAACAGCAGAAGAAGAAACGGAAGGAAGAAAAGGGGGCAGAACCAGAAACUGGCUCUGCUGUAUCUGCAGCCCAAUGUCAAGUGGGCCCAACCAGAGAACUGCCAGAAUCGGGCAUUCAGUUGGGCACUCCUGGGGAGAAAGUUACAGCUGGUCGGAGUAAGGCUGAACUUCGGGCUGAGCGUCGAGCCAAGCAGGAGGCAGAGCGGGCCCUGAAACAGGCAAGAAAAGGGGAACAAGGAGGACCACCUCCUAAGGCCAGCCCCAGCACAGCUGGAGAGACCCCCUCAGGAGUGAAGCGUCUCCCUGAGUACCCUCAGGUUGAUGACCUACUUCUGAGAAGGCUUGUUAAAAAACCAGAGCGUCAACAGGUUCCUACACGAAAGGAUUAUGGAUCCAAAGUCAGUCUCUUCUCUCACCUACCCCAGUACAGCAGACAAAACUCUCUGACCCAGUUUAUGAGCAUCCCAUCCUCUGUGAUCCACCCAGCCAUGGUGCGACUCGGCCUGCAGUACUCCCAGGGCCUGGUCAGUGGCUCCAAUGCCCGGUGUAUUGCCCUGCUUCGUGCCUUGCAGCAGGUGAUUCAGGAUUACACAACACCACCCAGUGAAGAACUCUCCAGGGAUCUAGUGAAUAAACUAAAACCCUACAUGAGCUUCCUGACUCAGUGCCGUCCCCUGUCAGCGAGCAUGCACAACGCCAUCAAGUUCCUUAACAAGGAAAUCACCAGUGUGGGCAGUUCCAAGCGGGAAGAGGAGGCCAAGUCAGAACUUCAAGCAGCCAUUGAUCGGUAUGUGCAAGAGAAGAUUGUGCUUGCAGCUCAGGCAAUUUCACGCUUUGCUUACCAGAAGAUCAGUAAUGGAGAUGUGAUCCUGGUAUAUGGAUGCUCAUCUCUGGUAUCACGAAUUCUUCAGGAGGCUUGGACAGAGGGCCGGCGAUUUCGGGUGGUAGUGGUGGACAGCCGGCCAUGGCUGGAAGGAAGGCACACGCUACAUUCUCUAGUCCGUGCUGGUGUCCCAGCCUCCUACCUGCUGAUUCCUGCAGCCUCCUAUGUGCUCCCAGAGGUUUCCAAGGUGCUAUUAGGAGCUCAUGCACUCUUGGCCAACGGGUCUGUGAUGUCACGGGUAGGGACAGCACAGUUAGCCCUGGUGGCUCGAGCCCAUAAUGUACCAGUGCUGGUUUGCUGUGAAACAUACAAGUUCUGUGAGCGUGUGCAGACUGAUGCCUUUGUCUCUAAUGAGCUAGAUGACCCUGAUGAUCUGCAGUGUAAACGGGGAGAACAUGUCGCACUGGCUAACUGGCAGAACCACGCGUCCCUACGGUUGUUGAAUCUAGUCUAUGAUGUGACUCCCCCAGAGCUUGUGGAUCUGGUGAUCACAGAGCUGGGGAUGAUCCCUUGCAGUUCUGUACCUGUUGUUCUACGAGUCAAGAGCAGCGACCAGUGAGGGGGGAAACACAGGGUUAAUAAAUGCCAUAGUCCCUACCCUCAGCAA